AUGUACCCGAAACUGCAAGCGUUCACCGUCGAGCUGAGCCGCGUAACUCCCUCCGGCGACCUGCUCUUUGCUGGCCACGCCGACUCCGACUCUGACUCCGCAUCCGACUCCGACGGACACGGCGACGAUACAUACGGCGACGACGUCAUCGACACCGUCACAAACGCUGUGCCCCACGAGCCCGAACCCGAUCCGACAACCCUCGCCUCCCACUCUCCAGGCGGAAGCGCCAACGCCCUAGGCCACAACACCUCCAGCGCCUACGACCGCGCGAUCGCCAUCGGCGCACAUCGCGUUCGCCUGUUCCGCAAGCGCAUCGUCCUCGAGCUCUUCGACCCGUUCGUAGCCGCCUUUUCGCGCGCGCUGUACCGCAUGCCCGCCCUCGGACACGGCCACCUGCUGCUGGGGUGUUCCGGGGAAGAGCUAUCCGCGGGCGUCGAGGUGCUUGCUGUCGGGGCCGGCGCGAACGGGAUCUGGGACCAUCCGGCCGAGAAGGCGGCGAGGAACAGGAUGAGGGUUACGAUGGGGUGGAGGAAUGGGUGGGUUGUCCCGGCGGAGGUGAGGGAGCUGUGGGAUCAGUGGGUUGGUGGGGGCGGGACGUUGAGGAUCAACGGGUGA